UAUAUAUAUAUAGAGAGAGAGAGAGAGAGAGAGAGGGAGGGAGAGAGUUUCUACCAUAGUUGCAGUCUUGUUGGGUAAGGGUUGUGAGUAUGUAAAAUAUCAUAAUCAUUUGCAGUCUUGUUGGGUAAGGGUUGCGAGUUUGUAAAAUAUCAUAGUCAUGAAGGAAACACUAAGAUACUUGGCAGGUAUAGCAAUCAUAGUCAUGAAGGAAACACUAAGAUACUUGGCAGGUAUAGCCGGGCCAAGUGGGUAUGGAUCAAACUCAACAGCUGAGCAAGUUACUCGACAUUCUUCUUCUUCUUCUUCCUUACUCCCUUCUCAUCAUCUCACUGCAAUUGUCACUGGUGCAACAUCAGGCAUUGGGGCUGAAACAGCAAGAAUAUUAGCAAAGAGAGGUGUGAGGAUUGUGAUUCCAGCAAGAGAUUUGAAGAAAGCUACUGAAGUAAAGGAAUGUAUCCAAAAAGAGAGUCCAGAGGCUGAGAUUGUAUUAUUGGAGAUUGAUCUAAGCUCAUUAGCUUCUGUCAAGAGAUUUUGUUCUGAGUUCUUGUCUCUAGGAUUACCCCUUAAUCUUCUCAUAAACAAUGCCGGGAAAUUUUCACAAAAGUUGGAGUUCUCUGAAGACAAAGUUGAGAUGACCUUUGCUACAAACUACUUGGGCCAUUUUAUGUUGACAGAAUUAUUGUUAGAGAAGAUGGUGGAGACAGCAGCACAUACUGGUAUUCAAGGAAGGAUUAUUAAUGUUUCUUCUGUAAUUCAUAGCUGGGUGAAACCAGAAACUUUCUGCUUCAACCAAUUGCUUAAUCCAAACAACUAUAACGGCACUGAUGCAUACGCUUAAUUCAAACUAG